AUGCAGAUGGCGUUGGCCCGCAGGGCGCUCGGGCGCCGCUGGCUGGGCCGGCCGGUGUGCCGCCCCCUGCACGCGGGCCCCCGGCUCCGGGCCCUGAGCCUGGCGGACUGCGAAGCCGUGAACCGCGGCGACAGGCCCCUGCCCGAGCGCUUCAACUUCGCGGGGGACGUGCUGGACCAGUGGGCCCGGAAGGAGGAGACAGGAGAGCGGCCAGCCCGGCCCGCCCUGUGGUGGGUGAGCGGCCAGGGGGCCGAGGUGAAGUGGAGCUUCGGGGAGCUGGGCAUCCUGUCCCGGAAGGCCGCCAACGUGCUCGCCCAGCCUGGCGGCCUCGCCAGAGGCGACCGAGUGGCGGUCAUCCUGCCCCGCGUCCCGGAAUGGUGGCUGGUCAACGUGGCUUGUAUGCGAACAGGCCUGGUCUUCAUGCCCGGCACCACGCAGCUGACGGCCAAGGACAUCCUCUACCGGCUGCGGGCCUCCAAGGCCAGGGGCCUCGUGGCCAGUGAGGAGGUGGCCCCCGCAGUGGAGGCCGUUGUGUCCGAGUGUCCUGACUUGAAGACCAAGCUCCUGGUAUCCCCGCGCAGCCGGCCGGGGUGGCUCAGCUUCCAGGAGUUAUUUCAGUGCGCCUCGGCGGAGCACGGCCCCGUGGACACGGGCAGCCGGGAGCCGGCGGCCAUAUACUUCACCAGCGGGACCACCGGCUCGCCCAAGAUGGCCCAGCACUCCCACAGCAGCCUGGGCAUUGGGUACACUCUCUGCGGAAGGCACUGGCUGGACCUGAAGCCCUCGGACACCAUCUGGAACCUGUCGGACACCGGCUGGAUCAAGGCGGCCAUUGGCAGCGUGUUCGCUCCCUGGCUGCAGGGAGCCUGCGUCUUCGUGCAUCAGAUGGCCCAGUUUGACCCGGACACGCUCCUAGAUACUCUCACCACCUACCCCAUCACCACCCUGUGCUGCGCGCCCACCGUGUACCGGAUGCUGGUGCAGAAAGACCUGGAGAGGUACCAGUUCCUGCAGCUGCGGCACUGCCUGACGGGCGGGGAGCCCCUCAACGCAGAGGUGCGGGAGCAGUGGAAGCGGCAGACGGGGCUGGACCUGCACGAGGGCUACGGGCAGACGGAGGUGGGCAUCAUUUGUGCCAACCUGAAAGGGCAGGACAUCAAACCGGGCUCCAUGGGGAAGGGCGUGCUGCCCUAUGACGUCCAGAUCAUAGAUGAAAACGGCAACAUCCUCCCAGCCGGCGAAGAAGGAGAGAUCGCCCUCUCGCUGAAGCCUGCCCGGCCCUUCUCUUUCUUCUCGGAAUACGUGGACAACCCGGGCAAGACCGCCGCCACGGAAAGGGGAGCCUUCUAUGUCACCGGAGACAGAGGCGUGAGGGACAGCGACGGGUACUUCUGGUUUGUGGGCAGAGCCGAUGACGUCAUCAUCACCUCGGGGUACCGCAUCGGCCCCUUCGAGGUGGAGAGCGCGCUCAUCGAGCACCCCGCCGUGGUGGAGUCGGCCGUGGUCAGCAGCCCGGACCCCGUCAGGGGAGAGGUCGUGAAAGCUUUUGUGGUUUUAUCUGCGCCCUUCAAGUCAUCCGACCCCAAGCAGCUCACGCGGGAGCUUCAGGAGCACGUGAAAAACGUAACCGCACCGUACAAAUACCCACGGAAGGUGGAGUUUGUGGAGCAGCUCCCGAAGACCAUCACGGGGAAAAUCAAGCGCAACGUCCUCAGAGACCAGGAGUGGGGGCGGACAUAG